AUGAAAAAAACAUUUACUUUUGGUGAUUUAAGUACAUCAAUUUAAUCUGGAAUAAGUAAUAGAUAAAUUCAGGGAUGUAUUUCUAGUACAUAAAUAAGAUCAGCAAGUUUAAGAAAAGCGAUUUCUAGAUUGAAAUAAGAAAAUAGAGUAUCAAUAAUGGGAAUCAGUUCAAUAAGUAAUACAAAAGUAUUAAAUAAAUUUGAUAAAGUAGAUUCCUAAAAACUAAUCAUAUUUUGAAAUUAAGUUAGAAUAAAAGCACAAUCGAAUAUGGAAUCCUUAAUAGGAACCUCAUACAAAUGUAAAUUAAUUAGAUCAAAAGAAAGAAACAAUAAGAAGAAUUAGUUAAUUGUAAUAAUAUUGUAAGAGUCAAACUGCACUCGAGAUAGCUGCUUAGAAAUAUUCAGUUAAAAGAUCUUUUAGGGGAGUUCCUGAUUAAUCAACAAUGCCUACUAUGAUUGAUAAAUUAAAUAGAGAUAUUAUUAAUAAGAAAUCUAAAAUAGUUCAAGAUGUAGUAAGAGAUGAAUUAAAAAAGAGAAUACCAAAAAAAUAGAAGGAAAUAAAUUAUGAACUGGAUUCGAUGUUCAAAAAUUAUAAAUAAUUCUCUUAACUAUGUUUGAAUGAGAAUACAAGUAUUGCAAAAGAAAAGACAUAUAAUGGAUACUUAAAAGUUUAUAAUUCUGGAAAGAAUGAUAGAAUAUUCUUAGAUUAGAUUAAUUAAAAGAAAAAGAGUUUAAGUGAUGAAUCAGAAGAAUAUUAGGCAUUUCUAGGAGAAUUAGAUGAAGCAACAAUUUAAAGAGAUGUAUACAAUAAUAAUAUUCGAAAUCCAUUUUUAGAUGAUAAAGUAACUGUUAUGCAAAUGAAAAAAGAUGGAUUUUUAAAAAGAAGAGUGACGUAAUCUUGA